CGCUACUCUAAUGCUGAAUUAUGGCCGUGGCCUGUUAUAGUUAAAUAUUAGUGUCAGAAAGUGAAAUGUUGUAUUAGAUAUCGGUGUAUUACUAAACCAGUGCGACAGAUUGUAUUUCAGUGUGAAUGUACGGUGAUAACAUAUAUUGAUAAUAAUGUUUGUUUACUAUAUCGGUAUACCGGCUGCCGUCUUCUUGACUGUGCGCUUCUUUCGUUUUAAGCAAAUUCCCAAGGAAAAUGUCGACUCAUUUCUUAACUCAUUAUGGAACAAAGACGAAUACAAGAGACCUGGCAUCAUUAUGCAUAGAGGUGGAGCAAUAGAAACGCCAGAGAAUACUUUAAUAGGAAUACAACAGGCCAAGAAAGACGGUUGUUGUGCUGUAGAAAUUGAUUUAGAGUUUACUAAAGAUGGUGUAGGUGUUUUAUUACAUGAUGAUACGGUAGAUAGAACUUCAAAUGGUACUGGUAAAGUAUCAGACUACACUUUCCAACAACUACAAACAUUAGAUGUUGCAGCUAAACAUCCGAACAGUAAAAAGCUAGGACCUCAUAAAGUUCCAACUUUAGAAGAGAGUUUAGAUUUGUGUUUGAAGUUAAAUUUGAAAAUAUUUAUCGACUGCAAAGGUAAAGCGAAAGAGACUGCCGAGCUGAUCUCCAGAUUAUAUAAGGAAAAACCAGAACUUUAUAAAACAGCUGUAGUGUGUUCAUUCUAUCCAAGAGUUAUAUAUGAAGUAAGGAAAAAAGAUUUAGCUAUUAUGACAGCGCUGACUUACAGAGCAAGAUUCGUCAGUUCAACUUCCUCUGACCCUGGUGCUCCACCACGAUUUACUGGAAUUAAACAAAAAACAGCUUAUGCAGCAGAUUAUGUGGCUGAUUUUGCCCAUGCAUUUGUAUUGUGGUAUAUUUUUGGAAACUCAUUUUUUCUUCUGAAUAAAGAUCUGAUAUCGAAAGAAAUGAUGAAUAGAUGGGAGAAGAAUAAUGUACAUGUUAUAGCAUGGACUGUAAAUAAUCCAGUUGAAAAAGACUAUUUAUUAAAAUCUUUAGACUGUCCUAUUAUAACUGAUGGUGUUAAUUCAAAACAUUAAUCUAUUUUUCAUCUCAUUGUUGCUCUUGCAUAUUCAAUUUCUCUGCGUGGUCCAGCUUUUAACAAGAGCCACGAGAUAUUCCUUCUAAGGGCAGUCUACAACAUGCAUUACCAUAGAUUGCGAUCAGUUGUUAAUUGAACGGAGAUUGCAAGUAUGUUGCUAGUGGUCGGUCAUUGCAAUGACAUUGCUCGUAAAAUGUAGGUUCAAAGGGAUACAAACAUCGCAUACAAAUAAUCCGCAUUAUAGAUAAUUUCAUACAUUUAUUCUUUAAAAAAUACUGUCAAUGUAACUGUCAUUUCACCUCAUUUUGUGUGUCUGUAAUCGAAUCUUGACAAAGCUUUGUAUAAAAAACAUAUUUGUAUUAUCGUAACAUAUUUUAUUACAUUGUCUUGUAACUAGAUGUCUAUCCAUUAACAACUCUCCAGAAAGUACUUUGUGAUUAUGAUUUAUUUCAUAAACAUUUUAUCUACGCAUUUUUGUCAUUAUUUUUGUGUUAUUUCCCCAUGGUCGUACCCAGAUUCUUCCCGACAGGAAGAAAGUCAAAUGCACUAAAACUCUCUACCCAGGAUUCUUAUCAAUAAACAACCACCAGUAAUUCCUGUUUUAGUUGUUUACAUCAUACUAUCUGGUGACCAUUGAAAAAUGAAAUCGGGUAUAUCCUCUCUAAUUGAUCGAAAUAAUUAAAAUACGACUGAAACGUAUAAACCAUAAAAAAUUAACAUAUACAGAUAUUUCCUUCAGAUUGAUAAAUUCCUAACAGAUCGAGAUGUUGCGUUUCGUGAUUUUUGUGGUUACUGCACUCGUAAUUAUCUGUAAAACCACAGAACGAAACUUCUGCAGAUUACGUAAAUCUUGUCUAAACUAAUAUUGUUCAAUGACACUUUCAUGUCCGCCAUAAUGUAAGGUAUUUUCAUGUCUUGAAUGAACAUUAAAUGGCACUGUUAAAUAUUUCUCAAUGUCUUCAACUAAAUUCAUAGGAUCCGUGUUGGGAUUAAACCUUUUUCUGGUCAUUCCCGAUCUAUCCACUAGGAAGGUUUCAUAGUUCCAACUAAUAUCUCCAACUCUGAUAGGUGAAUAGAAUAAGUUAGAUUCGUAUGUAUUUUGAGUUUGUGGGCAGUAUUUCUUUAAAUAAGUAUACAAUGGUUCUUCUGUCUGACCAUUGACUUGUAUUUUGUGGAACAUCUGAAAGUUUGGAACAAAGCCACCACCAGGACGAACAUAUCUGAUAGCAUUCAUAAUCUCUGUACCAUUAGCGCCUGGUUCCAACAGAUUAAAUUGAUUACAAGGGAAUCCUAGAAUUUGGAAUCCCCUGGACCCAUACAUAGUCUGUAGUGCAUUUAGACCAUGGUAAUGGGUGGCUAAACCUCAGUAAGUCGCAACAUUUACUAUUAAUAUAACAUCACCUCGAUAUUUACUUAAUGUUAUAUUCCCCUUCUCAUAGAUAUCAGGAAUACUAAAGUCGUAAAUGGUACUAGUAGAUUCAGGAUGACAGUCGACUCCCUCACCCUGGCUACCCUGAAGGCCAAUGCAGGCCGGCAGUAGUACCGACAACAGCGAAUUCAUUUCAGGUGGACUAAAAUCAUCGACAAUAUUUGUAUCUUAUAUACAUGUAGCCUAGUAGUUUCAGAUAUUUUCAAUCUUAAAGGGAUUUUGCCUCUAGCUU